ACCUAAAAAAAAAAUUACCCCCUUUCCAUCCCUUUCACACGUGCGAUACUUCCUCCCGAUUUUCAAUUUUCGCGCAUCCCCCCUUCUCCAUUCCUUCGAACUGCCCAAUCUCCCCCCUUCUUCCUCCGAUCAAUUUUGCUUCGUCCUUGCGUUGCUGGAACGUCUUCGAACUGCCCAACCUUCCCCGUCGCUGGCCGUCGCUGCCCAACCUUCGAACUGCCCAACCUCCCGACGAAGCCAACUGUCGUCCCUAGCAACCCCGAAGACUAGCCUCGUCCCCUGCAACCCCCGUCGAAGGCAUCCUGCCAACCCUCCGUCGAACGCCAGACUCCUCCACGCCAGCCCCCGUCAAAGGCGACCUUAAUCGCUGCACAUACAAGGUCCGAAUCCUCCUCCCCCUCUGAGUCGAAAAUGGUGCGAACUCCUCUUGCAACCAUGGCCGAAAGGGCACUUGAACUCCAGAUCCCAUUGAGCAAGCAUUUCCCUGCGCAGUACUCUAUGUGCUCGGAUGUCAAACAUGUUUCCAAGUACGUGAAGGACAUGCUUUCCAAACAACAAAUGGCACAGUUUCGGAAGACACCAUGGGGUCAUUUUGCUGACAUACCUGAUAUUCAGUUUUGUGCCCAAAUCGUGCACAUGUUGUUGUUACGUAUGGUCAAGCAACAACCCAAAGAUGAGCUCUGGUUCAACAUAGUGGGCAAAAUAGAAGAAUUCACAUACAACGAUUUCUGCCGCAUCACAGGCUUACCUCCGGCAGCCCCCAGGCCUGCCGUUGCCGAAGAUACUGAAAAAGAUGAUGAAGACGCUGAAGAUGAGGAAGAACCUGGGGAGAUUUCGAAGACCUACUUUGGUGGAUCACUGGAUAUCACUUUCCAGAUGAUGAAGGACAAGGUUGAUGAAGUACGGGGAGGUAAAAAAAGGAAAGGUGACCUACCAGUGAAGCUUGCAUCCCUCUUUGUAGUUGAGAAUGUACUGUUGGGAAAAGAUAGGACAACUAGGAUCAGCCGGAAGUCUAUUCAGCUUGUGAAUGACUUUGAAGAGUUCAAGAAGGAGCCCUGGUCGAGAGAUGCAUAUGAUUUGCUUGUCACACAUGUCAAACGUCUUCUUGAUGGGCAUCCAAUGAAGUUUGUUGACAGUAAAACUAACAACCCUGAGUACAAAAAUGCCAAGUUUUCCAUCUACGGGUUCAUAUUGGUCUUACAGGUGUGGGCAUAUGAAAGAAUUCCAAAAUUUGGGGAACACUUUGGCACACGUGUUGGGAAUGAUGAAGUCCCAAUACUAAAUUGGACAUGUCAUGGCAAAUUCCGGUCAUCUAAGAUACGGAAACUAGUCUUUGCUGAUGAGGUGCCUACACCCCCUAAUUCUGAUGAUGAAGACGAAGGUGAACAUGACAAUAUUGAACUUGAAACAAAGGAAAAGGUUGAAGAAAUGUGUUCAAAUAUUGAUGAGAUAAAAAUCAGUGUUCAAAGGUUGGAAAAAAAAGUGGACGAGGAGCUUGGUGAACUGAAAAACUUACUGGUUAAGGUUAUUGAUACAGUCAACAAGGCUUUACAGGAAAAGGGGAAUCCAUAUGGCCCAAGUCAGCACGGAGAAGAAACAGAAGUUUGUACAACACCUGUUGAAGUUCAAAGGAUGUCUACUCAUGGUGUUGAGAAUGCAGGGACCGCGGCUGAAGGGAAGAAUUCUUGUCCUGUUCUUCCUGAAGAUCAGAAUAUGUAUACUGACCGUAUUGUGCAUGUCGCAACUGAGGCUGAAGAAGAGAAAUCCAAUGCUGUUGUUGGUCAACUACAACGUGGACUGCAAAGUGAUCCUGUAAUGAAUGUUGUUGCCGAGGUGGGAGAUGACUUUGCUUUGACACCUCACGCUCCUUUAGCAAACUUGGAUUGGGACCUUGGUGAUGAAGUUGCAACCGGCGGUGUAGACAUGAUGGCCCUCGAAGAAGCUAGUAUGAAAGAAGUGAGAAAGAGAAAGAGGUUGCCAUCGAAGUACAUUUGCAGCCCAUUCAUAGCUCCCGCCGCAAAGAGGCCUAAGGUUGGAGGCACCAUAACCCGAGCGCAACUACAACAAAGUGACGAAGAAUGUCAAUCCUUCAAGGCAUGGGUGGAGGAAGAUGAUGAGGUAGAACCGUGCGUAAUUGAGAUAGCUAUCCCAUCAUCUUACCCGACAAAUAGGGCCUUCUUCCGAGAACUGAUUGAUGAAACCGGAUGGCUAAGCAGCCAGCAUUUGGAUGCACUUGUUCUUAUGUUUCGCGAAUGCAUUCAUGACGAGGCCUAUGAACUCUUGAGUCCUUUGUUCGCGUACCAACUUUUACGGAAGAAUGUAGCUGAUGAUUCACAAUGGAGUGGGGAUCGAUUCCUUAACAAAAUGGACUGGAGCCGGUAUGAAAAGGUGUUCAUGCCGUUGCACAGUGAUGGCAAACAUUGGGUGCUGUCUGAAAUUGACCUUGUCAAUAGAAUCGUACGGGUAUACGAUUCUAUGAAGACCCGUAGGUUAGUUGGAUGUGUGAGGCUGUUGUGUGUGAGACUUCCACACCUGUUUCGAGUCAUAAAAUGCAACCCCGCUCUUAGCGCCACAGCAGAUUCACAAACUUGGAGAGCGGAGGCAGUGGACGAUGUUCCACAACAGCAACCCGGUUCCGGUGUUUGCGGCGUCAUGGUUAUGGCCUUUGCCGAAGCACUCUUGCAGAAGUUGCCAUUACUGCCCGGGUGUGCUUAUGACAACAUGGCAUUAAAAAGAUGUGAAUUCGCAAUGAGGCUUUGGAGUUUGAGGAAGCGGUCGAGUUAGACAGGAUGUUUGGAGGAUGUGUUUGGUUGUGAAACAAUUAUGUAACAUUACUGUAUACAUUUUAUUAUGCUCAAUUUUGGCCUACAUGGAUUUGGUUGUUAAAUGUAGGAGGUUCUACAAUGUUACACUAUAAAUGUUGUACAACGUCCUAGAAUGUACUCCCAAGGAUUACCAGAAAUGGUGGCAUACAAUUACGUUUGGUUUUUGUGGCAAUAUAUUUAUAUAUAUUACGGAGGAUGAUUUUGCUUGUGAAGAAGAAAAUUGGUAUGACUUCGGCAAAAAUAAGGAAUUGUUGAAAUUUGUAUAAGAUAGG